AUGCCAAAGAUAGUAGGCACCUCAUUCCGAAAUCCGUUCAAAUCGAAGUCAAAAUCCUCAGGAGAUUCAACGCCAAACCAUGGGCAUCGACAGACCCAGAGAGUCGAUACCUUGUCACAGCAAGAGAUCCUCAGCCUCCCUUCACGCCAGUCAACGCUUGUUCAAUCCACAACCGUCGCAUCCGAAUCAAAGCCUCUCGAAAGCACCUCAAGCCAUGAAUACGUGCCAUAUCGCGCAGAAUCGGGCACUGCUUCUGGAUCUGAUGCUGGAUCCGUUGGAUUAAGCGUCAUUUACAGUCCAGACCAUGGGCAUAAGGCAGAUAUUGUCUUUGUGCAUGGCCUUGGGGGGACGAGCCGGCAUACUUGGUCGAAGCACAAGAAUCCAGAACUUUUUUGGCCCUUGACAUUCUUGCCCCUGGAGCCUGAUAUUUGCCUAGCCCGGAUUCUCACAUUUGGUUAUAAUGCCAAUUUUCGCAAGGCAGGAAACAUUAGCCGAUCUAUCCUCGAUUUUGCCAAGGACCUUUUGUUCGAUAUGAGAUUCUCCGAAGACGGGCAGAAGAACGAUCUCAGAAUGGGCGACGUUCCCUUGAUUUUUGUAGUCCAUAGUAUGGGUGGCCUCAUUGUCAAGGAGGCCUACAUACAGGGACAAAACGACCCUGAUUAUCAAGCUAUCAUCAAGUCAAUCUCAGCGAUCACAUUCCUUGCAACUCCUCAUCGCGGUACCAACUUGGCUGAGAUCCUUAACAAAAUACUGCAGUCAACCUUUGUCAAUAACUCGAAACAGUACAUAUCCGAACUGUCCAAUAACUCGUUCAUGUUGCAAAAGCUCAACGAGCAAUUUCGUCAUAUCGCACCAAAACUAGACAUAGUGUCCUUCUAUGAGACCCAAUCUACCUCAAUCGGCGUCAAGAACCUUCGUGUUAUGGUUCUAGAAAAGGAAUCCUCUGUAUUAGGAUACCCGGGAGAAACUUCGAAAGCCUUGGAUGCUGAUCAUCAUGGGAUUUGCAAAUAUGAAAGUCCUCGAGAUCCCAACUACGUUACCGUCAGAAAUGUCUUGAAGUCUCUCAUUAGUAAAAUCCUUUCAUCCAAUCGAUCAAAAGAGUCACCUUUGCUUAACCGGAGGAAAUCGCUCGAUGUCAAGUCUUACCUCGGUGUCAUGGAGUUACCGGACGUCGACUUCAUCUUUUUUCAAGAUCAGUGGGCCGAAGGAACAGGACAAUGGAUUUUCGAGGAGAAUCUCUUUUCAGAAUGGCUACAAGCAAUUGACUCCGGCCCGCAUCUGCUGUGGUUAAAUGGCGGUGCCGGGACAGGAAAGUCGGUUCUUUCUUCAUUCCUUAUCAACACACUGGCUGAUAAAGGUCUUAAUUGCCAAUACUUCUUCAUAAGGUCUGGAGACCAAAAGAAAAAAACCCUCAGCCUACUGCUACGGACUAUCGCAUACCAAAUAGCGCAAGCAUUUCCGGUGUUUUCUGAUAAGGUACUCCAGCUUGUGGACCACGCCAUUGACUUUAGCACUGCGGAUCCGAAUACCAUUUGGGAGCGCAUCUUCAAAUCUUUGCUUUUCAAGAUGAGAGAUCUUCCCCCAUUAUACUGGAUUGUGGAUGGCCUCGAUGAAGCGGAUAGUUCUAGAGCAAUUAUACGACAAUUUUCCGGUAUCAAGUCAUCAUACGUACCGAUACGCAUUCUCCUCGUCAGUAGGGACACGUUAGAGAUUGCGACAGCCAUACAGAGAGUGUCAAAUACCCUGAUGGUCGGAAAGAUACGAAUGGAAGGUCAUCUCGAAGACUUGAGAUGUUACAUUCGUCAAGAACUUAGUAUGCCAGGCAGCAUUGAGUACAGGGAGAGCAUCUCCAACAGAAUUGUAGAUGGGUCUCAAAACAUCUUCCUCUGGGUGCGAUUUGUUAUCGACAAACUCAACUCAUGCCAUACAAACGAGGAUGUUGAACUCGUUCUUCAUGAACUGCCUUCGGGCAUGGAGGCACUCUACGAUCGAAUGGCGGCGAAGAUAGCAAACAGUCUAUCCUCAAGAGACCGCAAACUGUCAUUUAGUGUAUUGCAACGCGUAUCAUGCUCGUUUCGACUUCUGACAGUCGCCGAACUAUCAGAGUCCUUGCCCGAGGAUACGUCACAAAUCCUCGACAUACAACGUUCCAUCGUGGGUCUUUGUGCUGGGUUUACCGUGAUUGAUAACGGGGCAAAUGUGUCCAUGAUUCAUGAGACAGCAAGAGAGUACCUACUGAAUGCAGAGGGUGUGUUAUCUAUCGAUCGCGCCGCUGCACACGAGCAGAUGUUCUUGAGCUGUAUCCGGAACUUGAUGGAUCCGAGUCUGCGAACAAAGUUGCGAAGGAAACAGAAGCUCGUAUUCUUGGACUAUGCCACAAAUUGGUGGUCUUUUCAUCUCGCUUUCACCUCCAUGGAAUCACAUCUCGUCAUACAGGAGCUACAAAAAUUCCUACGUGGGUCGGCAGUUUUGACAUGGAUCGAAAUCCUAGCUAUCAACAAACAGCUCCGACAACUUGUCCAGGCAUCAAAGAACCUUCUGAGAUACUGCGGUCAACUCGAAGAGUCCAGAAUAAAUCCUCUGAUCACAGAUCUGUUCAAAAGCUGGGCCAUGGACUUCGUCAAGAUCGUAGGAAAAUUCGGAGCCCUCUUACAGAGAGACUCGGAAUCCAUCUACAGAAUGAUCCCUCCUUUCUGUCCUCAAGGUUCAUCAAUUUUUCAGCAAUUCGGCAAGUCUGAAAGCAUGUCUCUUGCGGUCUCCGGAUUAUCCUCUGUUGAGUGGGAUGACUUGCUUGCUCGACUCUCUACUGGUAUUGGAACAUACACUGCAUCUAUCUCGGCUGCUGGAGCUCAGAUCGCCAUUCUUACGUCGCCAGGGAAUGUUUUCUUGUAUGACUCUUCAACUUUUGAGGAAAGCUCUUCAAGCCCAUUUAAGCACAAUGAGCCUGUGUAUAGAACUGCCUUGAAUACUUCGGGGACAUUGCUAGCUUCCUAUGGUUACCGCACAACAAAGGUCUGGCAUAUUCCAACAGGCAAAUGCCUAGUAUCUGUCAGCAACGACGAGUCAAGAUCGAGGCCACUCGCGUUGCUCUUUAUCGACACUGAUGCCACUCUUUUGAUAGGCACAGAUGACAGAAGAGUGCGGUCUCUCGAUAUUUCAGAGUUCACGACAACUUGGAAAUUGAUCGCUACGCUUGAUGAACCCGAGCUUGAGGGUCAUCUGUUGAAUUCUGCCAGCCAUAUGGCGUUCAACCCAGAUGCGAGCCUCAUAUCCGUUGCCUACAGGGGUCACCCAGUCGCAGCUUGGGACCUUCAUGGCCAUCUUCACAUUGGACACUGCUGGAAACCAGGCCGAGAACAUAUGUCAUAUGGUGAGGUCAUUGAUGCCUGUUGGCACCCCCACUAUCCAGAACUGUGGGGACUUUACCUGGAAGGGGUGGUUUUCAGAUGGCGACCCUACGAGGAUAAGGUCGAAGAGUUCCGCGUCACUGGAGUGUCCAGAUUUGAACUCAGCAAAGAUGGCAAUUUGUUUGCGACUGGGGAUGUACAUGGAACAGUAAAAGUGUACACCACGUCGCAUUUCAAGUUGAUAUACCAGCUCGCGUCGCAAGAUCCUGUACUUGGGCUCACGUUCAGCCCCGAUUCGCGUCGGAUUUACGACAUAAGAGGUUAUUACGGCAAUUCCUGGGAACCUAACGUUCUCAUGCGAUAUGCAGAGCAAGUCCACAAAGGCGCCGAUAGCGACAGUGAAACAGAUAGCCUUCAGCUUUUCACUGCUUCGGCAAAUGCUUGUCAUUGGAUAGACUCUGUUACAGCUCUUGCAACUUCACCAACCGGACGAAGAUACUGCUUCGGAACGGAGAAGGGAAUGAUUGAAUUGCAUGACAUACAUCUCGGAAAGCUUCGCAACUAUCAAGCUUCGAAAAGCUACCUCAGUAUAGAGGCAAUGUGUUGGAGCAGUGACGGAAAGUAUCUGGCUUUCUCCGACUCCAGCAAGACUGUCUUUGUAGUUUCGCUGCCCUCUUCCGAAGAUCGCGAUGUGUCCCUUGAACCGAGCAUUCAACUAGCGAUGGCAAGCACUACAGCUGGGCAUAUAUGCCAGCUCCUGUUCAAGGAGACCUCGGAUCUUCUGCUCGUAUACACGGAUUGUAGGGCCUACAUCAUUUGCAUCUCAUCUAGGGACAUCAUUCAUUCUUUUGUCCCGGAGACGAGCGGCUGUAGGUGGAUUAUUCACCCCCAUGACCCAAACCUUGUCAUCGGUUUCGGGCCUGGCAUAGUUCAUGUCCUUGACUGGAAUUUGGAUGUAAUUCAUAUCAUCGCCUUCAACAACCUUCGGCCGAGCAAUGAAGGAUUUGCUCAAGGCGCAAACUCUUCUCCAACAGGUAGAUUUGUCAUUGAUCGGGUCCUCGUAACUCAAGACAAAAAGCAUAUUAUGUGCCAGCAGUCAGCAGCAGAGAAGAAUUCGAGAGAGAGAUCUUUCCUUGCUUUCCCAACUUCUGCAUUUCCAACAUCAUUCAAUUCUGCCACUCAACAACAGGAGCGAGCCCCGGCGUUCGUUUCUGCGCUAGAGCUACCCGGUGAACUGGUGUUGGACACAUCUAUCAUACUCUGUUUUCUGACCAAAGACCGUCUCAUUGUUCUUUCAAAAUCCUUCUCGGUCCGUUCGGUACAUAUUUCUUUUGAUUUCGACAUACCUUCUUCUGGCAACGCAGAUAAUUCAGGGAGCAUUGUUUUUGCUGAAGAGGAACCAAAAACCUCGGGGUGCCCAAAGAUGAAGGCCCUAGUGGUGAAGAACGUAGCAGAAUUAUUCUCAUUUCCAGGAGACUGGAUCAGUCGAGAGUGCUUAGCGUCAUGCUCGGUAUGGCUAGAAGAAAAGUCGCUUCUAUGCCCAAGAAAUGGGGAGGUUGCGGUUGUCAAAUGUUCUGCUUUGAACUGA